AUGACAAAAUUUGCUCCUUUGAAAAAUGACUUGAUUUUAAGAGCAGCGAAAGGAGAAAAGGUGGAAAGACCUCCAGUCUGGAUUAUGAGACAGGCGGGUAGAUAUUUACCUGAGUAUCAUGAAGUGAAAGGAGAUAAAGACUUUUUCCAAGCUUGUCAAGAUGCCGAAACCGCUUCUGCGAUCACAAUCCAGCCCGUGGACCACUUUGAUGGAUUGAUUGAUGCAGCAAUCAUAUUUAGCGAUAUAUUGGUCAUCCCUCAAGCAAUGGGGUUUGAAAUCAAUAUGGUGGAAGGAAAGGGUCCGGUGUUUGCAGACCCAUUGAGACACCCCGAGGACUUGUCAAGAAUUGAUCUUAACCCAGAUGUGAAGUUGAAAUUGGAUUGGGCGUACAAGGCUAUCAAUCUCACUAGAGUCAAGUUGAAUGGAAGAGUCCCUCUUUUAGGAUUUGUGGGAGCACCUUGGACACUAUUGGUAUAUAUGACUGAAGGACAAGGAUCAAAGAUGUUUAGAUUUGCAAAGCAGUGGAUUUAUGAGUUCCCUGAGGCGUCACACAAAUUAUUGCAAGCAACUUGCAAUGCUUGUAUUGAGUUUUUGGCGCAACAAGUUGUCGCAGGAGCCCAGAUGUUGCAGAUAUUCGAGUCGUGGGCAGGAGAGUUGGGACCCGAUGAUUUCAAUACCUUCUCAUUACCAUAUUUGAAGGAAAUAGCUACAAAAUUACCUUUGAGGUUGAAGGAGUUGGGUGUGGAGGAAAAAAUACCGUUGACAGUUUUUGCAAAAGGUGCAUGGUACGCCUUGGAUGAUUUGUGUGAUUCCGGAUACGACUGUGUGUCUCUUGACUGGUUGUUUGAUCCACAAACUGCUCGUAAGAUAGCGGGUGACAGAAGGAUAACUUUGCAAGGUAACUUGGACCCUGGUGUCAUGUACGGUUCGGACGAGUUGAUCGAGGAAAAAGUUAAACAAAUGAUUACAGGGUUUGGAGUCCAAAACUACAUCAUAAAUUUCGGGCACGGAACACAUCCAUUCAUGAAGCCCGAAAAGAUUGGUCAUUUUUUGAAACAAUGCCACAAGUAUGGCUCUAAAUAG